AUGUGGCAGCUACACAGUCAUUGUUUAUUGCUGGCCCUAACGGCUCUGCUAUGCCUCAACUUGUUACAACACGUGGCAGCCGAGUACGACGAGGAGCCGGAGGACAAGCCCGUUGUCAACUUUAACACUCUAUUCCGUGCCUAUAUAGCCAUGGGCGAUGCGCUCUUUGGCAACUGGGCUCCUGCCGACUAUGCACAGGAGCUGCAGCAUAUCAGAUUUGGACAGCAAUAG